GAAUUGCCAAAAUGCUUUGGAAUUCUUAAACGAUUCAAAAACUGAAGUCUCUGAGGAUACAAAAUCAUAAGAACACAAGAAGCAGCAAGGAGGAUUCAGUGCCAAUGCAGCAACAAAAAAGACAGCCAGAGUUAGUGGAAGGAAAUCUUCCUGUUUUUGUUUUUCCUACAGAACUUAUAUUUUAUGCAGAUGACCAGUCAACACACAAGCAGGUGUUGACUCUAUAUAACCCCUAUGAGUUUGCCUUAAAAUUCAAAGUUCUUUGUACAACUCCAAAUAAAUAUGCGGUGGUUGAUGCUACUGGUGCAGUGAAGCCUCAGUGCUGUGUUGAUAUUGUGAUUCGUCACAGAGAUGUUCGGGCUUCUUACUAUGGUGUGAUAGAUAAGUUCCGUCUACAAGUGUCUGAGCAGAGCCAGAGAAAAGCAUUAGGGAAAAAGGAGAUUAUUGCUACUCUACUUCCAUCUGCAAAGGAACAACAACAACAAAAGGACGAGGAGGAAAACCGAAUAAAAGAACACCUGGCUGAAAGUGUCUUUUUUGAGCAGACUUUGUGUCAACCAGGUAAGAACAGAACUGCCUCGUCGGGACCUAGUUUACUAACAGUCUUCCUAGGAAUAGUGUGUAUUGCAGCACUAAUGCUACCUACAUUGGGGGAAACGGAAUCCCUGGUGCCUCUCUACCUCCACUUAAGUGUGAAUCAAAAGUUAGUAGCUGCUUAUGUUUUAGGUCUCAUCACCAUGGUUAUUUUGAGAACAUGAGCAAUGAGUUAAUAGGAUGUCAAACACCUUACUGUAUAUUCACAUCAUGAAUGUGGACUGCCUUUUACUCCCAUUUGGCUCAUUAAGAUGCUAGCAAAACUGUUCAGUGAUUCAAAGAUACCUUCAGAAGUGUAAUAUAUUUUAACUAUGUAUAAUAAAUGAAAGACUCAAAGCACUUUUCGGUGCUUCUGUAACAGACAGCUAUGAAAUGUUCAGUGAUACCUGUGAAAAUAAUUUGAAAAACUUUUAUAUUUACGCCUACUGUAAAAAAUCCUUAUUAAAGCAACAUUUGUUAUUUUUAGUCUAUGUUCACAUCAGUGCGUGAUCACUAUAAAAGCGAACUGUCUUAUGUAAAACGUUCAUUUGGUUUGUGGUUGUACAUGCUGAGGCUGGUGCAUAACACUUCUGUAUACAUACCAGAAGGAUGAGAAUCAUGACUAAUCAUUGAAGAAAAUGAAAAAGUCCAUCAGUGAAACUAUGAAAUAAACCGUGAAUUUUAGGUGAAAAAGUA